AAGCCACAAUUCAUCUGGUAAUUUCUACCAUCUUUCAUUCCUUCAAUCACUGGUAAUCUCUCUGCUGCACUUUCAUUCCCUUCUAGUAGAAAUGGGUGUUUUUAAUUUUGUGAAUUUGUCGAAUGUUUUUGCGCUGGAGUCUUUGCCCACCACUCUUUCUCUUACCGUAUCUAUUAUUCUGGGCAUUCUUCUUCUCUCUCUCAACCGUUGGAAGCGCCAAUCCACCCCUAAAAUUCCCCCAGGAAAGUUAGGGUUUCCUAUGAUUGGGGAAACAAUACAAUUCCUGCGUGCGCUUAAAUCAGGCACGCCUCAACAGUUCUUCGAUGAGAGAGUGGCGAAAUAUGGUGAUGUAUUCAAGACAUCACUAAUCGGGCAUCCAACGGUAGUGCUGUGUGGCCCCGCUGGAAACUGCUUACUUCUGUCCAACGAGGAUAAGCUAGUGAAGGCUUCAUGGCCCAAGUCUUUCACCAGAGUCAUGGGGGAGGAAUCCAUUUUAAGCCAAACGGGAGAGAAGCAUCUCAUCUUGCGUGCCGCACUAGCCCGAUUUAUGGGCCCUCGAGCAUUGCAAGGCUAUAUCUCUCGAAUGAGUUCCGAAAUCCGAUGUCAUAUCACUGAAAAAUGGAUGGGGAAAUCCCAAGUAAAGAUGGUCUCUUUGGUGAGGGAGCUUGUCUUUUCACUAGCAAGCAGUUUAUUUUUCGGUGUGAAUGAUGAUUGUGAAAGAAUGCAACUCUAUCAGCUCAUGGAAAGUACAAUUGCUGGAUCUCUGUCUGUUCCGCUCGACUUUCCAGGAACUCGUUUUCGCAGAGCGCUCGAGGCACACUCCAUGCUCGAUCAAAUUCUCUCUUCUUUAAUAGAAAAGAGAAGAAUCGAGUUAAGGUCAGGCACAGCGUCUAGCGAUCAAGAUUUACUCUCUGUUUUGAUCACCUUCAAAGAUGAAAGAGGGAAUCCACUCACCGACAAGGAGAUCAUCGACAAUUUUAAUGGUAUACUUAAUGCAUCUUUCGAGAGCACAGUUUCAGCAAUUACCGUGCUUUUUAAACUCCUGUCUUCCAAUCCUGAUUGCUAUGAACAAGUCGUUCAAGAACAAAUGAAAAUUAUGUCGAAUAUAAAAGAUGGGGAAGAAAUCGGUUGGAAGGAUGUCAAAGAUAUGAAAUACACAUGGCAGGCUGUUCAGGAAACGUUGCGCAUGAAUCCACCAGUGUUUGGAACAUUUCGCGAGGCCAUCGUUGAUAUUCAUUACAAGGGUUAUACCAUCCCGAAAGGAUGGAAAAUCUUAUGGACAGUGCAUAGCACGCAUAUGAAAGGAGAGUAUUUUUCUGAGCCAGAAAAAUUCAAGCCUUCACGAUUCCAAGAGGAAGGCGUGCAUGUGGCUCCUUAUACCUUCUUGCCAUUCGCUUCAGGGCAGCGAAUUUGUCCAGGAUGGGAAUUUUCAAAGAUGGAAAUACUAGUGUUCGUGCAUCAUUUUGUUACAACUUUCAGAGGCUACAGCGUCAUUGACCCAGAUGAAAAAAUAUCGGUAGACCCACUCAUUGCUCUCCCAGCUAAUGGUUUUCCCAUUAAACUUUUCCCCAGAAUCUAAGUUGGAGGUAAACACAGUGCAUUACCAAGUGGGUGAAGCUCUGAUCAAGCAUUAUGAAGAUAGGCUUGGUAAUAGAAUAAUAGAAAGAGCUAUAGUACUUACAUGAUAAACAUUGGAUUAUGUCCUCAAGUAGCUAUAUCAUGUUAUAGUAUAUAGAUGUUAUAUAAUGGAUUCCUGUCCUCCAGUAGUUAUGGUAUUUACCUGCUAAAACGUUUCCUGUGUGAGAUUGACAAAUCAGAUUUUAUUUUUACUUGCUCUAGAAAGACAUCCAUAUUUUAUAAUCAUAUGGAAUCACUAUUAUUAUUAGUUGUAAGUUUUGUAACUACUUAAAAAUGGUGAAAUUAAUA